AUGGACGAUCAAAUUUCUGAUUCGUCUGAUGAAUACACACCUGACGUUAAUAACGACUCAGGGCCAGCUGAUUUGGAUGAUGUAGAAUUACCAUGCUCAUUUGCCAGUAUAUCUAAAAAUUAUGAAAAAUCAAAAAAAAUUGAUGCUUCAAAAGAUUUGAUUACUACACAGGAAAAUGUAACAAAUUGUGAUGAAUUGUCUGAAUCAAAUUCAAAGUCCGCUGUUGUAUUAUCCAAAGGAAAUUUAUCAUCAACACUUUCUUUAAUUUCUGCAAAUUACCAAGACUCAAGUUCUGAUGAUAGCGAUACUAGUAGUGAUGAUGGUUCUAAUGAUGUUGAUCAGUUGAUUGAUUCUGAUAAUGAAAAUAGCAUCAUUUCUGUAUCAUCCAGUACAUUUCCAAAAGAUUAUGUUAAGACCAAAGGAGAAUUAGAUAUUAGUGAUCUUCCACCCAUUGAAGAUUUAAAAAUAUCAGUUGACGAGGCCAAAUGUCAACCAGUUGGAUGUAUAAAAAGUGUUGUUGAUACUUUAGUUAUUGUUGAAGCAUUUUUAAACCAACCUGCAUUAGAUAUUGACUCUGUAUUAUUUGUGGAUCGAGGAAAACGAGCUUUAGGAAGAAUAUUUGAUGUAUUUGGGCCUGUAAUUAAACCCUUUUAUGCGGUCCGUUUUAACAAUUCUAAUCAUAUCAAAAAAUUUGAUAUACAAAUUAAGGAGCCUGUAUACUGUGCUCCUCAGACAGAAUACGCAAGCUAUGUUUUGGUGUCUCAGCUUUUGAAAAUGAAAGGAAGCGAUGCUUCCUGGAGAGACAAUAAUGAACCACCUUGUGAGUUUUUAGAUUAUUCUGAUGACGAAGCAGAAAAGUUAGCCAAGAAAAAACGAAGACAGAAAAAAUGUUCACAACCUUCAGAAGAAGAUAAUGAUACAGUAGAUAAAGAGAAAUCGCCUGAUCCUCCCAGUCAACGUGUGGUUAGGAAUAACCCUACACCGAGGAAUAUGACACGGAAGAAUAUGACACCAAGGAGUAUAACACCACGUCCAUCUCAUCAAAAUUUCAAUAAUCAAACUCAUCAAACAUACAACCCUCCUAUUCCUAAUUAUGGUAACCCUGAACAUAACAGUCCCAGACAAUUCCCUACUUAUGCUCAGCAUUUGAGUUCAAUGGAAUACAGUCACGCUUACCGYCAACCAUACAAUCCAUGGUAUUAUGAUCCAAUGUACGCACCAAGACAUAAUUAUCCACAUCAUCAACCAUACUUGCCACCAAGAUAUGAUUACCGAUCUCAACCACCAAUGGACCAAAAUAAUCCAAAUAAUCGAUUUCAUCAUCCUAACUAAUUUAAUUAGGAUUAAAAAUAUUUUUUAUUGUAUAACUUGUUUGUU